AUGUCCUCGUCCGACAAUGCGGAACAUGCAUCGACCACGACCAAGGCGGCGGCCAUCCGAAGGACCGGUAUGGCCUUCCCCGUCGACGACACACCAUCGUCCAUCCUCACCCCGCUCUUGAACAUGAGCAUGGGCGGCAUCUCGAGUCUCAAGGGGUUCCUCCCGAUCUCGUCACCAAGGCGCAAGCCGCGGCCACUGGCCCUUGAUGACCCGUGCGCCGUGUGGCAGGAUGGCGACCUCGGUUCCGGCCGCCGACGUCUUCUGCUCCUCACGUCCCCUAGCCAUGCACUGCAGGUCUUUGCAUUCACGCCCGGCACCAUCCCGGACGACCCGCACGUCCCCGAGACGUUCCCGCCGCCGGUGGAGGUCGCCUCCAUCCCCGAGCUCCGGUACGACGACGCCGUCGAGCGGUCUGCGCUCCCGUCCACCUCGGUGAGCAGGAAGGCCAUCAAGGACGAACGCACGUUAUCGGCUCGUCUACUCGAUAAGGCGUUGUGGGGGCAGCACGGCCCAGUUGUGGCCCUGACUGUCGUCGCUGGUUCUGGCUCAAGUGGCCGCACACCAAACGGGCAACUCGCACUCGUCCUCGUCAGCCUGGACACUGGCAAGGUGUUCCGCCGUCUCGAGCUUGGCUCCGGCGCCGCUGCGCAGGUCUCGUCCUCAUCACGAGCUAUCAUUGUCACCACCUCACACCCGUCCCCAUCCAUUCACGUGUUCGACCGUAACCUCAACCUCAUUUCUAACCCCAUCACCGACAUUCCUGCUAACCCACGUACCCAUCUCCCCGUGGCGAGCGUCUCUGGACGCCUCCUGGCAUUCACGACGCGCGAGGCGGCCGCCACACCGGGCGCAGACGGUCUCGGCUCCAUCUUUGCUGCCUCAUCCACCAGGUUUCGUGCCUCAAGCGCCGGGUCCGCUCACUCUCCCCCACCGCAGUCUGCUCAGAACGCGCUGCUGACAUCGGCCGUCGAGAUUGGCGGCGGUGUCGCUCGUGGUGUGUGGGCAGGGCUCAAGAUGGGUGCUCGAGCAGCAGGCGAUCGCCUCGCGCAGAGCGCUCCUAGUGAGAGCGCCGACUCGCUUCCGCGUAACGAGUUUGAGGCAGAGGAAGGAGGUCCCGAGAGCCGGUCAGUUGAGGAGCCUCUUACUGUUGAGAGCAUUCCUCCUCCCGGCGGUAUCUGGGUCAAGAUCAUCGACCUGUUCGCCCGCUCAGAGGAGCAGCCAGUGCUUAUCGCCCACUUCCGACUGCCACCCUCACGUACUUUGGUCUCGCCACUCCCCAACGGCCAGCACCCACGCGCAGCGGCCGUCCCUCGCGAGCACCCCAUCACCUUCAUCUCAUUCUCGCCCGAGGGUUCACGGCUGUUCGCCGCUGCCGCUGACGGCCGCGACUUUCACAUCCUCGACGUCCGACCCGAUGGCGUCAUGUUCAGCAAACGCGGCCCAGUCAAGGGCGACGUGUGGGAUGCCUAUGUGCUUCGUCGCGGUAACACCACAGCCGACGUGUGUGCUGUGGAGUGGUCGCAGGAUGAACGCUGGAUCUCGGUCGGAACUGGCAAGGGCACUGUUCACGUUUUUCCCAUCUCACCCGCCGGUGGAAAGCCCUCGGCAACGAGCCACGUCCCUGUCAAGUUCCCCAACCCGGAGCAGAUGACGCCUCUCUCGGUUGACGUUGCCCCGUUCGCCCGUCUCCGCCCUCAACGAAACCCGUCAUCGGAUGACUUGGCUGGCAAGGCCGAAGAAGCCCUCCCCGCAUAUGCUGUUGCGUCCUUUGGUGCGUCUCGCCGGCACCCGACCGUCAAGGGCACCCUUUGCCAAGACGUGGUCAUCUACCGCCCUGGCACUGGUCAGAUGGAGCUCGCUCGCCUCACGGUUCACGCUGCUACCCCGCCUACUACUGCUACGCCCGCCUCGCAGACUACCCCGUCCGGUCGUCGCCGCGCGAGCAACUUGACCGAGAUGAUGCGCGAAAAGGCCGGCCUCCGCCCUGACAGCGACCUUGCAGUCGAGCAGGCCCUCAAGGCUCGCUGGGCAUUGCCUCUGGAACCCCAGCACGGCGUCACGGCCAAGCCCGUGGCACCCAAGCCAGCACCCGCCCAGUCCCAGCCCGUUCGCAGCCUCUACCACGCCGAGAUUAGGACACACAGCUCGAAUCCACGUAUCCUGCCUGCCUCAAUCUACCUGUCGAGGCAGAUCGAGUUCUUUGCGGCCACGCCGACAGACGACUUUUCGCCCCUCUCUGUCCUCGACAAGCUCGCUCGUACUGGCCGCCUCGUGUUCCGCCCCGAGGUCGAGGUACGCCCCACUGCCGACGCCCGGUCGUUUGACGAACCCCUCAACUCGGCUCUGCACUCGGUCAUCCAGUCGGGCUUUGCGACCCAGAUCCCCCAGCUGCCGAACGGGUCGCCGCUGAACCCGUCCCGCUGGCCGACGGUGCCCAUCUGGAACGUGGCUGCCAACCUCGGCGAGGGCGUGGACAGGGUACGACGUGAAGUGGCGCGCGCACAGCACUCGCGUCUGCGUCGCCGGAAGAGCAACACGGCGGGGGACGGCGGGCUGAGCUUUGAGGACGACACGGUGUUCGCCCCACGUCCAGCGACGGACGAGAGCGACGAGCUCGAGUCGUCCCCCAGCUCGCUCCUGCCCACGAACACGGACAGCUCGAACGCCGACGACGACGACGAGUGGGGCGACAAGUGGGAGGACGAGUACCGCAAAGCCGUCGAGGACGACGGGCCCGACGACCUGGUCCUGGGUCUGCUGGACGAGGAGGAAGACGAACGGCGUAAGUGGGAGGAGCGGCAGAAGGUGUUGGCGACAGAGUAUCAGAAAUCGGAGACCAAGCAGCACAGCAGCAACAACAAAACAUAA